AUGAAGCUCGAUAUCAACACUCUAUCUCGCUCUGAAGUAAACGCAGCGUUUGAUGUUUACAAUCUUCACAAUAGAAAAAAUGCCUCAGUACGCUGUAAAUUUUGCAGAAGUAAGGCAUUUUGUGCGAAUAUUUCCCGCCAACGAUCGCAUCUCAAGCAAUGCCAUCACUUCCUCAUGAACGCUCGCAAGAUGGCCCAAAAGCCUCAAAAUAAGGAUAUUCUAGUAACCCCAGCGUCAUCUAGUCAGCAAACAAUCGACUUCGCAGUGGCUCAUAAAGAGCAGAUCAACUCGCUGCUUGGAAUGAUGAUAUUCGCAGUAUCCUAUCCCUUCACGCAGCAAGCUGACAGACUCAAUUCUGUCAACUUGUUAUAA